AUGGCGAAAAGUGUUGAGGUCGGUGCUGAAGGAGCAGCAGCAGCAACCGCGGCAGGUAGAGUAAGGAGGGCCAGAAUAAGAAUAGCAAAGGCAGUAAGAAUGUCCGAGGAAAUGGAAACAGAGAGGACAGUAGGACCCGGGGCGCAGUUGGUGCUGGAGAGCUUGCGAGGGAAAUCCGGGCCUGAUGCCUGGAGAAGACUGGGAUGGGUCAACUUGGACGAGCUGGCAAAGGCAGAUGGGGAGGAGAAGGUGGUAGUGAUCGCAGUUGAGGAAUCGAGGAAGGACGGGGUCCAAGCAGGCUGA